AUGCCGUUGCUAUCGCCUCCCCCGCCGCCGCCGGCGCGGGCUCCUGGGUGCGGGAGGCGACGACUGAGCCGUAUCCGAAGGCGACGAUCAAAAAGGGCCGAGAGGAGUAACUGGGCGGAGCUGCCCCUGGACGCGUUGCUCCAGGUCCUCCACAGGCUGGACCACGUCGAACUCAUGUUCGGCGGCGCGGCGAAGGUCUGCCGCUCCUGGCACGCCGCGGCGCGCGAGCCCGAGCUGUGGCGCCGCGUCGACAUGCGCGGCCACUCCAGACUCUUCCGGGAGAUUAUCAGCCUUGACAGGAUGGCGCGGCUAUCCAUUUGGUUCAGCGACGGGCAGUGUCAGUCAUUCUUCGGCAAGGGCGACGUCGACGAUGACCUCCUCCUCUUCCUCGCCGACCAGUAAGAUUCGGUCCCCCAACCUAGAUAUCCAUUCGUUUCUAGGUAAUCUGAUCUGGAGUUUAUCUGUUGUUCGUUCUUGCUUUGGUACAAAA